CAAACAUCUAAACCGAAGUGAUCUUCUCUCAUACAAGACCUGCUGAUCAUCAUAAGUAUUCUUAGCUCCAACCUAAGUCUCUAAAAAACUUACAGCAAGAUGUUGGUUUUAUUUUUCUGUCUACUAUCUCCGAAAUCAGCAGCUGCUGAAGUGGGCCUCAGUGGUAAAGCGCUUCUGUUUCCAACCAAGACUAACACCAGCUUUGUUAAACUCACUCCUGAAAAGCCACUGAGUCUUUCAGCGUUUACUCUCUGCAUGCGUGUCGCGUUGGAGCUCCAGGAUAAGAGGCAGAUCAUUCUGUUCACUUAUCGCACAACCAAGUUUGAUGAACUCAACGUGUGGAGAGAGAGAGACGGUCGCACGGCCUUGCGGAUUCAGUCUAGUGGAGUUUCAGCGUUUUUCCAUCUGCCUCCUCUCUCCACCUUCCAGACUCACCUGUGUGUCACCUGGAGCUCUGCGUCUGGUCUCACUGCCUUCUGGGUGGAUGGACGUCGCAGUUUGUUCCAGAUCUAUAGAAAAGGUUACUCAAUCCGUACUGGUGGCACUGUCAUGCUCGGCCAGGAUGCUGAUAAAUAUUUGAGUGAUUUUGAUGCAGAGCAGAGUUUUGUAGGAGAAAUUUCAGAUGUGCAAAUGUGGGACUAUGUUCUCCCUGGCAGUCAGAUUAAGGCGGUUUAUUCAAACCAGGAACCAUAUGUGCCAAAGGGAAACGUGUUCGACUGGGACACCAUCAAAUAUGAGAUUACUGGAAAUGUGCUAGUGGUGCAAGAUAACUGAUUCUGAUCAGGUGUGACAUCACACUGUUGUGUCUCUAUAAUCUGUUCAUCUGUUUUAAUGACUUGCAAAACUGUAAGGGUUAA